GCCUCGCCAUUCGAGUCGCAUAGAUGUGGUCUAUUGUGUGCGUUAUUGGACCUUGUGUGGAUACCUAUCGCGCAUUCUCUUGCUUUUGUGUAGGAUAUUGCAGUCAUAGUUUAUUUAGCUAAUUUGUUUUCAGGAAAAACAGCUUUGGAGAGGCUGCUUGCUAACUUUAUGGGAUAUACUGUUUUUUUUAUUCAACAGCCUAUGGCAGAUUCCACUCUUCAAAAGAAAACCACUAUCUAUCAGAAUUGAAGUUAUUUAAAUGCAAUGCAACUCCACCCCUGGAGCGACAUGGAAAACAUGCUUUGACGAAGAGAUCGUUUCCAUUCACUCUUUAUGCUUCGUUGAGCGAUAACUGUAUGGAUACGGUAGAUAUUUGUUUGAGAACGCAUUACGAACAUGUCUUAAAUCACGGCGGGUUUUUUAGCAUCCUUCCAUUCGCCCUGGAUUGGUAACAACUGAGAGCUAAAGCUGAUUUUGCUCUAACGAAAUGAAAGACGUUCGAGAAGUCCUUCUUUAGGCGCCAGUCUAAGCAUUCUUAGCCUGCCUGUCCAUUUUCAAUCUUGCGUGACAUAUGUUUCGCCCCGGACUGUUUUUUGCCAUGCAUACCAUCUCACAGGUCGGAAUGUAAGGACUGCACGCCACAGUUUUGAAUACCGAGAGACAAUACAAGGUGGAUAGGCACCGCCGUUUUUUUGGAUUCUGUACAUCGAGGAGAUUGUCGCUCAAAGAAGGACUGUUGGCGCUCUGGCUUGGCGUGUCUGCGCCUCCUCCUCCCCCCUCCUCCUCCAUCGUGUCCCGCGGCCGCCGACACCAUGCUCCGAGUGCCCCCCGCCGCCCGGCGCCUGCCCCCGCAGCAGCAGCAGCCCUAGCCCUCCUUGCGCCCGCCCCAGUAGGAUGCCCGGUCUCGUCCAGGCUCAGGCUCGCCCUCGUCCUCGUCCUCCGCCCCGCCGCCACUGCUGCCGCCGCAUCAUCUCCGCCUGCCCCCACCGACGCCACCUCUCCUCCUCCUCCUCCUCCUCCUCCUCCUCGUCCGCCUCCGUCCCGACCUCGCCCGGCCCUCGGCCGCGGCGCCCCGCCCCGCCCGCGCCAUGAACGAUGAGGAGGUGAUCGGCACCAACGCGCUGGCCUGGCUGGUGUGCUCGGGCGUGUCCAUCCUGGCCAACGCCUGGGGCAUCCUGAGCGUCAGCGCCAAGCAGAAGAAGUGGAAGCCGCUGGAGUUCCUGAUCUGCACGCUGGCGGGCACGCACAUCCUCAACAUGGGCAUCCCCGUCACCAUGUACUGCGUCAUCACGCUGCGCCGCCAGCACUCCGCCUACGAGUGGAACGAGGGCCUGUGCAAGGUGUUCGUCUCCACCUUCUACACCCUCACGCUGGUCACCUGCUUCUCCAUCACCUCGCUCUCCUACCACCGCAUGUGGAUGGUGCGCUGGCCGGUCAACUACAGGCUGAGCAACACUAAGAAGCAGGCGGUCCACACGGUCAUGGGCAUCUGGAUGGUCUCCUUCAUCCUGUCCACGCUGCCGGCCGUGGGCUGGCACGACACCACCGAGCGCUUCUACACGCACGACUGCCGCUUCAUCGUCACGGAGAUCGGCCUGGGCUUCGGCGUGUGCUUCCUGCUGCUGAUCGGCGGCAGCGUGGUCAUGGGCGUGGUCUGCAUCGGCAUCGCCCUCUUCCAGACCUUCUCGCUGCAGGCCGGCCACUGCGCCGACAAGAACAAGUUCAACGUGCCCACCAUCGUGGUGGAGGACGCGCAGGGCAAGCGGCGCUCGUCCAUCGACGGCUCGGAGCCCGUCAAGACCUCGCUGCAGAUCACCUACCUGAUCAGCGGCAUCGUCUUCAUCUACGACUUCCUCACCGGCUUCCCCAUACUGGUGGUGAGCUUUGCGAGUCUGAAGUACGACCGCUCGUACACGUGGAUGGUGCUGUGCGUGCUCUGGUGCUCCAUCGCCCAGUCCAUCCUGCUGCCCAUGUUCCUGUGGGCGUGCGACCGCUACCGCGCCGACGUCAAGAUGGUGUGGGAGAAGUGCGUGGCCAUCAUGUCCAACGACGACGUGGACGAAGAAAACAGCCAGGAUGGAGCCUUUCAUCCGGAUUUAAUUUAUGACAGACCGUAUGACUAUAGCCCGGGGCCCGAUAUCAUGACGAUAGACCGUAUUGCCAAGUACGAAUUCUCGACCUUAGAAAGGGGUGUGCCCCAGGGUUAUCCAUUGAGGGAACAUCAGGAAGAUAAAAUGCAGUACUUGCAGGUGCCCCCUACAAGAAGAUACUCCCACGACGAAACCGACAUGUGGACCAGCGGCCAGAUCCCCUCCUACCUGCACCGCUGGGGCUCCACGGAGGACAUCAUCGGGGUCCAGCAGUACAGCUCGUCGCGCCACCACGACCGGCGGAGGGGCAGCCUGGUCUCCUACCAUGAGGAGGGCGGCGGCCAGUACCGCAAGCGCCGGCGCUCCGAGGACAGCGGCUACGCGCUGCGCGGCCUGCCCCGCGUGGCCGUGCUCUCGGGCGGGGCGGGAGGAGGGGGGGGCGUGGCGGGCAUGUGCGGCGAGCGGCACCACCACGAGGACGACUUCCUCAAGUGCUUCGGGCGUGACGAGGUCAUCAGCUUCAUCGACGAGACGCCGCUGGCCAGCCCCAUGAAGAGCCCGCACCGGCGCGCCUCGGCCGUCUCGCUGCUGCCGCAGGCCUUCGAGGUGCUGCCGCCGCCAACGCGCGGCGGCGGGGGUAGCGGCGGCGGGGCCGGCGGUCAGCACGCGGUCAUCCUCUACCCGCACUUCCCCCUUACCAACUUUGAGCGCGAGCCACAGGCGCUGCGCCGCCUCUCGGACCACGGCAGGGGCUGCGCUCUCACCGAGCUGCCCCAGGACAACGGCGGACGCGGCACCGGUGGAGGUGGAGGGGGUGGGGGUGGUGGAGGUGGUGGGGGUAGCCGCCGGAGCAGCAGAAAGGAGAGCACGGUCGGCGGGACCUCGAGCGGCGCCGGCAACGGAAGCGCCGGAUGCUCGGCCGGCAUGGGGACCUGCGGCUCGGGGGGGAAGGGCUGCUCCUCGAGAGACGCAAAGUGCGCGGCCGGCCAGGACGCGGGCCCCCACGGGACCUCCGAGCAGCCGCCGUCCGCCUCCCCCAGCCACAGGCACAGGACCGGCCCUGGGGAGGGCGGCGGGGGAGGCGGGGGCGGCGGCUGGGAGGCCGAGCAGAAACUCCUCAUGAAAAUGGAGAGCAAAGGAAGCACAAAUAGUUUUAUAAGCUCUCCCUCGGCCUCCUCGUCGGGAUACGUCACCUUCCACUCCGACUCGGUCGGCUCCGCCACCUAAAACACGGGCGUCGCGUCACGCGCGCGUCAAAGCUUUUCACUGUUGCCGUUCUUCUUACUUUGACUAUUAUUGCUUUUCUUAAUGCCGGCUGUUAUGAUUCAAGUGGAAUGUUUUUGUAUUACGAGCACAGUCGGAGAGACCACAGGGCAAAGGGGACAAACAGAGUUUACAGAGUUUUCACCUGUGUCUCAGAAUCAGCAGGCCAAGCUCCGGGGUCUGUGAAACAUCAGUCAGGUCCGAAACGGAGUCAAGCAGUACUGACCUUAGAGCUUUGUGUGUGUCAUUUAGACAUUUACUUCAAUACUUUUAAAGAGGAUGCUCAGUAUAAAGAUGGAAUAGAUGGAGGUUUGUUUAUGGAGAAGAUUCUGGGCAGUCAACUAUUCAUUCACCUUUUCUUUUUAACUCUCAGUUCACGCAUCAUGUUUACUGGGCCCACGGUUCCUCUAUCUUGGCUGUUUGUUUGUUUUUUCGGACGGGGAGAUCUUGCUUUUUGACAGUGCGGUGUUAUUACUUUGAUAAUUGAAUAAAUGAGACGUGUUUUCUCACAUAGUGCUUCAGUUUUAAAAGUGUUCAAAAUGUUUCUUCUUCUUUCUGCAAAGUGUUGCAGAAAACAACUGCCCAUAGUUGUUUAAGGUCCCAGAUUGCCCUUGUUGACUUCUUUCUCAUUCCCUAUAUGUUGGGUCAUACUGUCAAAUGAAAAGUGUAAAUGUGUUGUAAUUAUUUAAUACUAAAUUAAUUCCCUCUUGUACUGAUGUUUAAAGUAGACAUUGCUGGUACUGGAUUGUCAAUAAGGACUGUCAGAUUGCACACACAUAACUUCACUAUGAUUUGGCCUUUGAUGUUCAGAGGAGAGGGAAAGAGUCAGAAGCUCCCACAAAGUCUCCUGUGUGUCUGAAACUAGGGACAAUGCAGAGUUAAUUUACCAUGAAGAGGACAAGGUAUAUUAUUCAUAUAUUAAUUUUCCUACAGUAAAUGUUUUUUAUUAUUUAGACUUGCCCAGACAAUUCAGGUCACAAUCAAAUGGCUUUCUGCUAUAUUAAAAUAUAUUGUAUGUAAGAGUUAAAGAUGUGGCAUUUUCAUCUGAUGGCAUGGUGUAUUGUUAUUCUGAUUCCUUUAUUCGAGAUGUUGGGAUUCCCUAAUGUCCACUUUUAAAUACUGUUAAUUAAGAGUUGGGAGUUGGGACUCCUAGCUGUGCAUUAACUGCCAGCAUGCACGGGGUGUACAUACAGGCUACUACACUUUGCCAAAUACUGUUGUGAAACUCACCAAUGGUGCUCCAUGCAAAUGCAUGCUGAGUUGAGCUGAUCUUUCAGCCAUUGAAGAUUUGCUUUCGGAUUCCACAAUCUUGGACCAAUCUGCCAGGCAUCUGCCAUGUUGACUAGCCAGUGAGCCAGAGUCUUCCUCAUUCUGUAACAAUGCAAGUCUUUUCAAACAUUUAGGACUAUACCAGGCAAUAUUAUAGCCAUUGCAACACUCUGCCAAUAUUUAGAAAAUGAGUCAAGUAAUCUACCAGAGUAAUGGGUAUUAUCGUUAAAUGAAUGUAUUUACAAUGAUAUUCUGUUUGGGCUAGAAAAUGAUUCACCAAGACAAAAUAAGGAAGAGCAACAAAAUCAAUAUCGCCUGCAACUUGAAAAGUACCCAGAAGGAUUUUUAGUAGCCUUAUGUUGUUUGUGGAUAUAUUUCUUCUUUACUCUUGGCAUUGUUCAAAUGAUGAUACAAUUAUGUAGCACUGUCAGAUUUUGUUAAGCACUUUGACAUGUUAAAUGAAACAUUUGGCCAUAUCGUUUUUUUCCCCGGCGGAGGUCUGAGAUUUUGUGAGAUCUGUGCGUUCUAGUUUACAUUUUUCCGUGCACCACACUUUGAUUACAUAAUGCACAUAUACACACUUAUAUUUUUAAAAAAUCAAUACGUUUUAACGUUAUUUAUGAUUUGAAAAUAGAAUUCGUUUCGUUUGUUUUGUUAAAAAAAAUAUCAGAGCGUAAUUUUGUAACAUAUCCUCGGUUCUAAAUACUUUGUCAAACUAAUGGACGAUGUUUGAUGUUAUGUUGCUGAUAUUAUGACUUUGCUUGAAGUAACUACAUUAACAUGAAGAGAAACACGACUUUUGUUGAAUUGUUUGAAGUGUUUGCGUUUGUCAAUGGAACCCCUGGCGUUCUGCCUAAUUCUGAGAGAAGUGUUCAUCAAGAAAAUGUGUAGGCUACAUCAACCGUUUAUGAAAACACUCGCUUCUCAUUUUUAACGAUGCUAACACUUUUUGAAAUACUGCCUAAAAAAUAUGUAAGGUUAGAAAAAUAAAAGAUAAUAUUUCAA